GCUCCGCCGAGAUGCUGCCGAGCGGGGAAAGAGGCGCCAUGGGCCGCCAGAGCCCCGAGCCCUCCAUGUACAGGCACAGGCCCGCCUCGGAGCUGACUCAGGACAUUUCCCAUUUGCUAGCAAGCAUCUUUAAGAACAUGUACACUGCAGAGGUGAUAGGGGCGGACGCGGUACAAAACAUGAUCAAGUCCCGAGGUGGAGACAAUUCCCAUCAUGAGCUGUUUGUGAAAGAGUUGCAAAAGGUCCGUAUUGAAUAUAACGACCGACUGACAGAGGCAGACAUGUUAGAAAGGCACAUCAUCCAAGCAAGGGCACGAGCCACAGCAGAAGAGGAAAGAAUCCUGAACAUGUAUAAAGAGGAAGUUCCAGAUGACUACCGUCACAUUGCCUUGCCACCAGUGAAGUCUACCUUCAGAUGGUGUGUGGAUGAUGAACUCCUUAAAAAGCAUGAUUUAAUCUGCCCUCAAGAUUAUAUCACGGACCCAGCACUCCUUACCCGAGCACCUAAAGAUGUAUCAGAGCCUGGUUAUUUGAAAGAGAUACUUAGUUUUAAACAACAUAUUUAUGACAACACAAAUACUCCCAGAUUCGGAGAAAGCCAACAUAUCAAGAAACUACAGAAAAGUCUACCAGAUGUGUCUUUAUCCUGUUUAACCCUGGAGUCUUCAAAUUCUGAUAUUCCGGCUCAGAUUAAAAAAUCAUUUUGUAAGAAGAAAUCUAGGCCCUUAAGAAAAUCAGCCUGGAAAAACGACAUGUCCAGAGCCGAAAGACAAAAAGACCGCGCUUAUCUCCAGCGGCUUGAGGACCGCCACAACUUCCUGAAAAACCCUCGUUUUUUCCCUCCUAACUCACUUCGUGGAGGCAGGUCUUUGAUUUUGCCCCAAAAGAAGGUUGAGCGAAUGGUAGCUGGAAGAAAAAAGACUGAGGUGGAAAGCAAUUCCGAGUCUGUGCCUAUUUUUCUAGCGAAUCCGCCUGCGGUUGUGUUUUCUUAUUAUGAAGUUGGCCAGGUUUAUGAGAUGACUGUAGAGUUACAGAAUAUGACUUCAACUUCUCAGUGUGUCAGAAUAAUUCCUCCGACUACGUCAGCCUUUUCCAUUGGGUUGGGAAAAUUUCCAAGUGAAAAAGGGCUUGUUGCGCCUGGGAUGAGUUGCCACUACAUAAUCCAGUUUAUUCCUGAAUACCUAGCAGAUUAUGAUGAUUACAUACUCGUAGAGUCACAGGCGACAUAUCCGCUCCUGGUCCCUUUACAAGGCAGAAGACCACCUCCCAUCUUAACGUUGCCUCGCGUCUUGGAUUGCGGAGCCUGCCUGGUGGGCGGAGUGAAAUUUACAGAAUUCGUGUGCAAAAAUGAAGGGUCCAGCGUUGGGAAGUUUUGCAUAAUGCCGAAGAAGACAUGGCCACCACCUCACUUCCGGGCGGUUGCUACUUUUGGUUAUGUGGAACAAGUGCCGUUUGGGAUCCGACCUGCGGUUUUUGAGCUAGCUCCGGGUCAGUCUAUGCUAAUUGAGGUCGUGUUUGUGCCCAUUUUUCCUGAAGUCCUAUCAGUGACGUACAUCAUUGUUUGUGACAACUGCCAAAUCAACGAGAUUACUGUGACAGGGCUUGGACAGCUGAUAGCUUUGAAACUUCUAUCUGUCACUGGCGGAGAAAGCAGCCCUUUGCCUGGUGAACUGACAGAUGUAACAGCACAACACCUUGUACGCUUCGAUUCUUUGAAUCCCUAUUCGAUGGCGGAAAAAACUCUGGUUCUAAGAAAUAUGACCCAUGUGGAGCUUCCUUUUUUCUGGCAGAUCAUGAAGCCUAAUUUGCAGUCAUUAACGUUGGAAGGAAAAGUGGACUUCAGAAAGAUAAAGUACAACUUGGAGACGGAGCCAGCGUUGUCUGUCACCCCUGCCAUGGGAACUCUGCAUCCUCACUCUGAUCACUCGUUUACUGUCACUUUCCUUCCCCAAAAGCUAAAGGAGUAUCACAGUGUACUUCAGAUGGUGCUAGAGGAUAUCCCAGAACUUCCUCCCCUUCAAAAACUGGAGCAGUAUGAAUAUAUCGAAAGCCAACAAGAGGAUGUGAUUGCCCUGGAGAUCGAUAUUAAAGGACAGGCGGAACCAUUUCUGCUCCUUCUAGAACCAUAUGCCAUUAUCAUCCCAGGAGAAAACUACAUUGGUGUAAAUAUUAGGAGGACGUUUAAGAUGUAUAAUAACAGCAAAUCCCCAGUCACAUUUUCUUGGGGGAAAAUCAGCGAAUGCGACAUAGUUGAAGUCGAGCCUUGUACCGGAAAGUUAGCGGCAAAUGGAUGCUGUGAGUUUGAGUUCAUUAUCACCGGAGGGAAACCUGGACGUUCCUGUCACGAUGUGCAGUGUCAAAUCACUCACUCUGCAGAGCCAGUGGUAUUGCAUGUGGAAGCCGGCUUUAAGGGCCCUGUUCUUUCCAUCGAUGUGCCAUCACUCGAUUUGGGCCUGAUUAAACUGGGACAAAAGGUGUUGUGCACUUUAGUGAUCGAAAACCUAAGUCAGCUACCGGGAAGAUGGAAAGUGCAGGAGAGUCCUGCUUGUGUAGCUGAGAGGGGUGAAGAGGCCUCUCCAUUCAGAGUUCAGCCUCCUAGUGGAGAAUUGUAUCCUCUUGGCAAAUGCUGCGUCUCGGUUUUGUUUACGUCAUACGUGUGUCAACGACUCCAGACCGUGUUAGAGAUGGAAGUGGAAAACGGCGUUGGGAGUCACAUCCCUGUUUUUGUGGAAGUUCAGACCCCCCACGUGUGCCUGAUCUCCAGCCAUUUGCAUUUUGACCUCUCCGUUGGAAUCCCGGCAGAAGCAACCGUCCAGCUAUUCAACCAGACGCUGCUCCCAACUCGCUUCGAAUGGGGGGAGCUCCUUGGAAGGCAGGCCUCUUCCUGUGUGCUGAGCAUCUCUCCAGAAAGUGGCCUUUUGGGUCCAAAUGAGAAGAAGGAUUUGCGUGUGGUGAUAAUGACGAACACGAAGGACAAGCUGAGUGACCUUGCCCUGUGUUGCAGCAUUGAAGAUAUGUUGGACCCACUCUUUCUGGCUAUUUCCGGGGAAGUAAAGGGACUGCGUAUCACAUACUCUAUACCCUUUGACAGCGAUGAGGAAGAAAAGCCAGAGCGUUCUCAAGACCUAAAACUAGACUUUGGCUCUGAAGUGCCAUUGAAGAGCGUGAUGAAGCGUCAGGUGAUAAUCACCAACCAUUCUGAACUAGCUGCUCUCUUCACAAUAGAGGUGGACUAUUUCAGCUGCCCGACGCCCUCAUGUGAGCAGGGUUCAGAUGCCAACACGGCAGGGGAGGAAACGGGACGAAUCACAAGACAGACCGCAAAGCGAAGACAAUCAGCCUUCAGAGCGGCCAUGCUGGCACAUGGGAAGGGAGCAACUUUCCAUGUCCAUCCCUCUGUGGGAACCCUGAAGGCCUUCCAGGAGCUGACUGUAGAAGUAACAGCCUAUAACAACAUGUGGGGACAUUAUCAGGACAGUCUCACCUGUAAGGUGGGAGAAUCGGAGCCCAUGUUGAUCCCCAUCCAAAUGACGGUGAGGGGUUGCCCAAUCUUCCUGCAGGUGACGGGACCAAACCAUCCAAUGCUGACACCUAUAAUCAGGUUUGGGGCCCACGUCUCUGGCGGGGAUACGGUCUCCCGCUACAUCCGGCUCAACAACCCCACCCCCUAUGACAUUCGAAUGGACUGGGAAAGUUAUAACCAGGAUAAGGACGAUGACAAAUUGGUGGACCUCUUGGUGUUCUAUGGUGAUCCUUUUCCAAUUAAAGACCUAGACGGCAACGAGGUUGACGUUAUCUGGGAGGCUGAGACACCCCCAGCCGCAAUGUCUUACGCCUCGGCUUCUGCAUCGCUACCAUCUCCCAGGGAGAACCAGGCUCUGGCUCCAAUCUUUGAGGACGACAAAGUAGCGAGCGACGAUAUUCCUUGGCAGCCACUCAGUCACAAGAAAAUAAUCUCUGUGGUCCUCCGCCCUCACGAAGGGCUGCCCUCGGACUACCCCUUCUGCAUAACUCCCAAGCAAGUCGUCAUCCCUGCAGGGGGCGCCGCUGCCAUCCACAUUUCCUUCACUCCACUGAUGCUGCCAGAGAUCAUUAAUAAGUUUGAAUGCGAAGGUUUCGCCCUGGGCUUCAUGAGUCUGGACAGUGAGGAUGUCCGGGAGAUCCCCGAGAAAGUGACUCGCAGAGAUGGCCAUGGCGUGGCACCCCUGAGGAUCGAUCUGCAAGCAUUUGUCAAGCCCGCUUUGUUAACUGUUGAAAUGGAUCACGAGAACGGGUUGGUGUUUAACGCACUGGCCAGUAGUUUGAUCCCGGACGUGCCCCUCAAGGGUGUUUUGACAGAUUCAGCCACCACCCUUAAUGUGAAACUCACAAACAACACACAGACACCGCUGUCCUUCAGGUUCAUUUUAACGACACCCUUCUCUGUGUGCGGAGUGGACCCCAAGAAGAGCCUGAAAACAUCUCAGAGCGACAGAGAUGAGUGGGGGGACCACCUUCUCCUGUACGCAUUGGAAAAUAUGCUGGUGAAAGUGUCAUUCAACACAACCCUGGAGUCAUUAACCUACCAACAUCUGCCAGAAGAUGAGCUGCUGCCUGGGCUUCAAGUACUCCAGCUCGAAAAUGGAGACAAAAUACUGGAGUUUAGGCAAGAUCUGGUCAUUGAGUACAGUAACAAAGCAACUCAGGUGCUGCCCAUGACGGGAUACCUGACUGUCCCAGUACUCGAGCUCUCUUGCGAAAUGAUUGAUUUUGAAACCUGCCUUGUUAAUCAAACAAGGACUGAAGCUGUCCUUGUAAUGAAUACGAGCGGAUGCCGGAGCUAUUGGGCAGCCUUGCUGGAUAAAGAUGAGCGACACAAAGAACCUGAAGUGUUUUCCAUCUCCCCAAAUAACGGCGUUCUUGAAGCACACAAAUGCAGAGUGCCUACCAAAGUACCUCUGUUGGUCCGCUUCACACCAAGGGAGGAUGUGGAGUACGAAACCAUAGUGAAAGUAGUCGGCAUGCUGGGAGAGAGACCUUGCCUGCUCUGUGUCCGAGGAAGAGGAUCUUACGAUGAGAAGUAUGAAGAGAGGCUCAAAAUCUAAGCC